CUGUUAGAUGCAGUCAGAUGGUCUUUGUUUUUGUUAAUGGAAAGCAAGCAGGGGGUCUUUGCCCUGAGACAGCUCCUGAUCCCGCGUGCGGCGGCCCCAUCCCUUCACAGGCCACCUUCAGGACCCCAGACCCAUGGAUGAGCAGGACUCUCAGACCGACUGUGAUGAGGAGGUGAGGUCAGCGCAAGGAGCGCUCCCCAGGCAGAAGGCUCCGAGCAGGAGAUCCGCCUCUAAGCCUCCGUUUUCUUACAUCGCCCUCAUCACCAUGGCGAUCCUCCAAAGCCCGAAGAAGAGACUGACCCUCAGCGAGAUCUGCCGCUUCAUCAUGCAGCGCUUCGCCUAUUAUCGGGAGAGGUUCCCCGCGUGGCAGAACUCCAUCCGCCACAACCUGUCUCUAAAUGACUGCUUUGUGAAAAUGCCACGGGAGCCCGGGAGUCCUGGCAAGGGGAAUUACUGGACGCUGGACCCCAUGUCGGCUGACAUGUUCGCAAACGGGAGCUUUUUGCGCAGAAGGAAGCGCUUUAAGAGACAGCGCAUGUAUAGAGGAGCGCUGAAGGAGCGCAGGGCGCAGGAGCGCUGCGGUCCGGCUGGGGGCCCCUCUUUAGGCCCCGGAUUCCAGGGCCGCCAUAUGAGCUCAGUGGGGUGGCUACGGUUCCAAGUUUAUCCCGGGAGCCCACCUGCAGGAUGCAGCAUGAACCCAGCCCUCUCUGUGCUCAUGCUUCAACGCUGGGGCCCCGGGCCCCCAUCAGUAGCUCCGUAUCUCCCCCUUCUGCCUCACUACACGGAUUACCUCCAUACCUUUCCCAGGUGCCAGUUUUCCCUUUAAAACAUUCUCCCACAAACUAAGAUCUGGAAUCUUCACUGAUUUGUUUUUAACUGCAAUUUGCAGCUAUAGUUUGUUCCAUCAAAGUCAAUGUCUCACAUUUAGUGCUGCUUUAAAUAAAUCUGUACUUAUAAAA